AGAGAAAGCAUUUAACAAGAAAAAUACAAAAUACAGACUUUGCCUUUAAGGUUAAGUCAUCAUGACUACUGUAAAGACCUUCAUCAUGACCCUUUACCUCAUUCUGUACAGUAGUUUCUGCACAGCUGAAAUUACCACUGCUCAAAUCGAUCAAGUGGAAACAGGCAUAUCUCUUUCUAAAGAGUUUCUCAAAGGUUUGGAUGAUGUGGCUAAGUUGGUUUCAGAAUCACAGAAGGUGACAGAUACAAUCCAAAAAGUCUUCAAAGUGUUUGAUAUUCUUGGAAAAGUUGCGGCAAGUUUUGGAUUUAUUGGGGCAUUAAUUAGCUUCAUUUUUGCAUUCAUUCCACAACUGGACCCAAUGGAGGAAUUCUUAAAGGAACAAUUUGCUGAGGUCAACCGGAAACUCGACUCUAUCUCAAUUCAAAUUUCCGCCCUGAAAACACAUAUAGAUUGGACAGACUAUGCAAGCAGUUAUGGUAAAGACGAGAAUGUGAUCAAGAAUUCCUGGGUCAAGCUGAGAGAAUUCAUAGACCAAACUUCUGCUGCCAGCACACAGGAGCAGAAGAGCAGGCUGGCUGAGAGGUUCACCACUUUCUAUGAAAACACUGGCACGGAGAACAGCGUUGCUAAUUUAUACAGAUACCUCACUGAGAACAAUCCUGUCAGCCUUAAUAAGAAUCUUCUGAAACUCGUCAUUGCGAAAUCAAAUGGUGAUUUUAAUACCCUGGUGCAAUACUCCACCUACUUCACCGGUCUGAUGGUGUCAGGACUGAAGUUAAAUGUGUUUUACUACAUACUGAAAGGCUAUGAUGCUGAAGAAAAGACAAAAGAAGCUGUCACUCAACUGUCUGACACUUUAUCAGCCAUUAAGUUUGCCUUUAUUGAGUGUGCUGAUGACUUUGAGAUAUGGGCUGAAAACGAUGCAAAGACAAUCAGCACUAAAGGAUUCUCAGAUACAAAAAGGCUAGCUUCAGAUAUUAAGGCACAUUUGGAGCACAAGUUUCAUUGGUACAAAUGGAUGGUGAUUGUUCACUCAAAAGAGGCUCAAAAUGAGUUUACUUUUGGACAGUCAAUUAGCAUUGAUGCCCCCCAGAAUACAGUAGUUCACUUAAUUCAUCAAGAAAAGGGGACUACUGCUGAUCAGAAAGUUAAAGACAAUGUUAAGUCCAGUAUGCAUAAGGCACUAUUAGAACUAAACAUUUACCAAAAGUGUCACACAGUGAAAGAAGAGUUGCUCCAUAUGUUUGGUGCCAAAGUAAUUAGCCACAUUCAGUUUCUUCAUGCUGUUACAAAACCAUCAGAUUAUGCACAGACAGAUGUGUCAGACGUUGAGCUGGACUGUCAAUUAUAUUACCAUUUUAAAAGCAUCAGGAACUUUAAUGUCUUCCUCAAGAGUAAGAACAUUGUGGAAAAUCCUCCCUGCUCAAAAGUGAACUGUAAUCAUGGAGAAUGUAAACCCAUCAAGGACACCACACAAGGAUUCUGCAAGUGCCAUAAGAUGUUCCAUGGUCCAGCCUGUGAGGAGAGCAUACAAAAUAUGAUUGAUUAUGCCACUAUUGAAGGCCAAAUCAACCACAUGAUCUAUAAACCAGUCCCUGAUCUGACUGCAAUUUAUUUUAGUGUCAAGGAGUUGAAGGAAUUUACAAAAGAAAUAAUAGAGUCUGUGCGACAUGAUAUCCAUUGGACGCAAAUCUUUGUGAAAUACAGCAAAGUGGUUGAGAAGUUUCGCUAUAUCAAUAUGCUUCAUACUUUACUUGAAAACAGCACUAUAACCCAACAAAACUACAUUUCUGAAGUUGGAGCUCAGUUCACAGGGGGUGACACAUUUAAUUUCUUUCUAACAAGCUAUAACCACAUGAUGAUGGGCACUGGAUUUGGAGAUAAACAUAACAUUCUGGAUGUUUUUCGCAAAUCACUGGUCCAGGACUCACAAACCCAGCCCGGUGAGCCAGUACAGUGCACAGAAGGCUAUAGAGACCAGAUUGAUUAUUUUGUACGCUACAUGUUCACCCUUGAAAAAGAAGCUGUUUUGGCAUGGUUGAAAUAUUUACUGAUCUAUGAGAAAUCAAAGGACAUUGAUUUAGUGGAGAACUUCUUUAGGCACGUUGUUUCAAAUCAGUGGAGACUCUUCAACAAAAAUGGAUGUGGUGAUCUAAAAGCUGUGGAGCUUCAGAACAUCCACUGCGAGAAACCAUAUCAGAGCACACACCAGCAGCAGGUGAAUCUGAAGUGUCGUGGAGACUAUAAGCCUUUCCCAGAGACUGUGCUGUGCUCCAGUGGGCAGUGGACUGCUCUUCCAGUGUGCUACGCUGAGAAGGUAAAGGGUCGAGUUCAGUGCAGCUCUGAAAAUGGAUCCACCAUCUGCAAUGCCCCCUGCCCAUCUGGCUGGACCUCUUAACCUAUGCCCUCCAACUACAGGUGCUCAAAGUCACCCUGUCCAUCCUUCACUCCAAAGCAGUGUGACAAGUGCACAGACAGCAGCGUCUGUAAGGACGAGGAGGUCUGCACCUCUGGCACAUGCCGUGACGCGUGCCUGGUUUCACCCUGUGGAGUGAAUGCCAAAUGCUCCUCCACCAAUCACGGGAGGAGCUGUUCCUGUGUAAGCCCGUGGAAAGGAGAUGCAUACCAAGGCUGCAGGAGCCAGGAUCUCCAGUGGAUUCAGACCAGUGAUGUGCCCUCCAAUGCUGUUCGUUCUAUAACCCAGCUCACUGUGUGCAAAGCCAUUGGACCGGAUGGCGGAUGGCAGAGUGGAUUUGUAAACAAUAAACACUGCAAGUAUGAGUAUGACUGGAAAGAGUAUCAGCACAAUAGCUAUGAGAACUAUGUGACACCACUCAACAGAAAGAGGACAGGAAACAAGUCUUCCUCUCAAGAUUCUUUGUGAGGAUAAAUCCAGAGGAUGGAACAAAAUGCACCACAAAAACCGGAGUGAGUCGUAAGACAGGAGAAAUGGUGAAGAGGAAGAUGACAAUCAUCAAAAACAGAGUGUCCUCCUUCCUUCGCCAGCUAACAGAAUUUGAGUGGAAGAACUUGGAUGAGUGAAUGUGUUCCACAUCAGUAUCACUUUGUGAAUCAGAAAUUGAGCUGGUCUGAAGCUCAGAGAUACUGCAGAGAGAAUUACACAGAUCUGGUCAACAUCAACAACAAGAACGACAUUGAAGAGCUGCUAAAGAGUGUGAAUGAUGAUCAGGUUCAGUUUGUCUGGAUCGGACUGCACAAGACAAACAAUAAGACAUGGAAGUGGUCUCUGGGUGACCCUGCGUUCUACACAGGAAGUGAUUCACAGUAUCGUAACUGGGCACAGGGACAACCAAAUGAAGAUGAAGACUGUAGUAUUAUGAAUUCUGGAGGAUGGAAUGAUUAUAAUUGUACUCAACCCUUGAAAUUCAUAUGUUACAAUGACAGCAGUAAAGGACACAUCCCUGUUCAUCAGUCAGUGAUUUGGAGAGAAGCUCAGAGUUUCUGUAGAGAUCAUCACACAGAUCUGGUCAGUGUGAGGAACCAGACUGAGAAUCAACAGAUUGAGAAGAUCAGAACUGACGGAGGGAUGUCUGGAGUCUGGAUCGGUCUGUUCAGAGACUCAUGGGAGUGGUCCAAUCAGAGUGAAUCUUCAUUCAGAAACUGGAGAACAAGUGUUCCUGAUAAUGUUGGGGAAAUGAAAACUGUGCAGUGCUUUGGGUCAAGACAGAACGUGGACGAUGGGAUGACUUGAACUGUGAUAUAAAAACUCAGUUUGUUUGUCAUGAAGAACUGGGCUGCAGGUCACGGGACAGGACAGGAAGAUUGCAGUGUUGGACCGAGAGUUGGAGCAGUUCAGUCUGGAUGGGUCUUCCUCAAACUCACAAACUCAACUUCAUCUGCACCAACUCUCAAGACUGAAUCAUCGUCAUCAUCAGCAUCAGCAUCAUCAUCUCAUCUGUCCUCUGUGGAGCCACAACAUUUCACCAUGUUUGAUUUCCAUUUGAAACUAUAUUAUUAUUAUUUUAUAAAUAUGUCCAUUUAUUUAUAAAAUAAAUAGUUCUUUUAUUAUUGAAGUCCUGAGAUGAAUUAUGUGGUUCAGUUCUCUUGAUUCCGAAGUGACGAGAUGAUGGAUACAAACAUUUACACUCUAAUUAAUUUCACUUUGCUUUACUAUUGUACUUUGGAGAUAAUAUUUAGUGCCAAAAUGUAAAUGUGAACUCUGUUUAAAAAUGUUUGACAGAAUGUCAGUGAUUGUCUUCUUGGGUUGUUUUGUCAAAUGAAAUACUUUAAAAAGUUUGUUGGAUGACUUUAUUAAUGAGGCUUUAGUUGACUGUGAACCACUUUAAAAUAAUGGGCUUAUGAACAGGAACACUGUGAUUCUUGUGAGUGUUUCUGCUUAGAUUCGUAUGUACAUUAAAAUGUAUGUUCUUCAUCUAAAU